AUGCCCUCUUUCUCCAACGACCGGCCUUUUCAGUCAUCUACCGCUACGGCCACACACCCUCGCCCGUUUGAUUCACCGCAAGGGAAACCGCGCGACAAAGCACCCGUGGGAAAUACCUUUCUAUGGACAAACUGGCCGAACGGUGAUACGAACCACAUAGAAUCUCAGUCGGGCGAUCGUCAUUAUCCCUCAGACCUGAAGAAUGGCAGUGCCUAUUCUCUGAACGGGCCCCGAUCAAGCGCUAGCUCCUACACACGAGAUUUACCACAUUCGAAAGAUGGCAGCAUGCAUUCGUUAGGGAAUGGAUCGGUCCGCGAUCCAAGGGAGAGUGGCCGGUUCUCGAUGACGAUGGACAAGGAUUUCACUCGAAAAUCUUCUGAUGCUGGAGCCAGUGCUGGCAUUGGCUCAGCUGCAGGGUCCAUCUCCAGCGCGCAGCAGGUCAAUGGGAUCUCGCCGAGCCACCGCACCACCAACGGAAAGUCCCUGGUUAACGGAGACCGGCCCCAACCGUCGGUUGACGAAGUGGUUUCUCAGAACUCGGCUGCGGCCGCGAACGGGAACACCAUCGUCGCCUCACUCCCCGAAGACACCAGCCGGCUCGCGUCCGAACCUGAUCGAUUGGCUGCCUCACAGACGACAACUCCUCACCGUUAUUCUUCCCCGCCUCUCCCUUCCGCCUCCGCUGACGCUAAUCACCCGCAAGAUCCCGCAGCAUCAUCAGGCCUUCGACAUCGACAUACGCUGCAAGUUCCCCGAGCGACAAGCGCCCGCCGUAAUAGCCGCGAUCAAGGGGACGAGACUGCUUAUAGUAGUGGUAGGCUAUCUCCGACGGCAGGGGCCAUCCGCCGAACGUCACUCAGUUUGGUUCGGCGGGCUACAAAAACCAAUCUCGCGGACUCGGUUCCUGACGAGGCCAACGCGAACGAGGAUGCAGCGCGUUGGGCAGAAGCGAUCAAGCAGAGGAGAGCGUCGAGAAGGAAACGCCGCGAUGACGACGAUGACGACCGCGUCAUCGUUGGAACGAAAGUUGACCAGAACCACGUGAACUGGGUGACUGCGUACAAUAUGCUGACCGGUAUUCGCUUCACGGUGUCGAGAAUCAACGCAAAGAUGGACCGGGAGUUGACACCCGCAGACUUUGAAGCCAAGCAUAAAUUCUCUUUCGACAUGUAUGACGACCGUCACCUUGCAUUACCCUUACCCAUAUCUUGGCAAUUGGCUAACUUUUGCGUUGCUAUUAGUACCGGUAACGAGCUGACGCCCUCUGCAAAAUACGACUUCAAAUUUAAGGACUAUGCGCCGUGGGUGUUCCGGCAUUUGCGAGCCAAGUUCCGCCUUGACCCGGCCGACUAUUUGAUGUCCCUGACCAGCAAGUAUAUCCUCUCCGAGCUGGGCUCGCCAGGAAAGAGUGGAAGCUUCUUCUACUUCUCCAGGGACUACAAAUACAUCAUCAAGACUAUCCACCACUCCGAACACAAACUGCUACGAAAGAUUCUUCCAGAAUAUUACAAACAUGUGGAGCAGAAUCCUAACACGCUGAUAUCACAAUUCUAUGGUCUUCACCGGGUGAAGAUGGCCUACGGGCGCAAGAUCCACUUUGUGGUUAUGAAUAACCUCUUCCCUCCCCACCGCGACAUCCACCAGACCUUCGAUCUGAAGGGGUCCACUAUCGGCCGGGACCUGCGGGAGCAGGAUCUUGAGAGAAACCCGCGGGCCACUCUGAAGGAUCUAAACUGGCUUCGCAGAGGCCGUCACCUGGAGUGCGGGCCCUCGAAGCGGCAAUUCUUCCUCGCUCAGUUGGAACGCGAUGUUGAGCUAUUGAAAAAGCUGAAGAUCAUGGAUUACUCUCUCCUGGUGGGUAUUCACGACCUUGGGAGAGGCAACGAAGAAAAGCUUCGCGACAAGACGUUGCAAGUGUUUCAACCAGGAGGUGACCGUGAAGAAGAGACGAGUCCGAACAUGCUGAUGCGCACUCCUUCCAAGCUGGAAAACGAACGCAAGGCACGUGAGCUACGGAUGCUUAUCAAAAAGGAGCGUCCUGUGCCGCUUGAUAAAGCCGCUGCGAAGAUGCCUGAAGAGAUUCUUGAUGAGAGACAGUAUCACGUCUUUUAUGCAGACGACGGAGGGUUCCGAGCUACUCACGAGAACGGCCAGCCUGGCGAUGAGAUCUAUUACCUCGGCAUAAUUGACUGUCUGACACAUUAUGGGACCGUGAAGAAACUGGAAAACUUCUUCAAAGGACUUUCCCAUGAUCGUGGCCAGAUCUCUCCAAUUCCGCCGGAGAGCUAUGGCGACCGGUUUGUUAAAUUCAUCAAGGGCAUUACUAUGUCCAAGGAGGAAGUCGAACGACAUAGAGAAGCUCGAGCGCAGGGCGAAGCAUCAGCAGAACGAACCGAUUCAGUUGAACGAACAAUGCAGGCUGCCGAGAAGGAAGCCGCAAAGGACGUCUCGACCACGCAUCCUCGAACGCUUUCAACUAUCUGGGACCCUGCGGACGCCAACGGACCAGGUCCGACGUCGACUCUGCCCAUAGUGGACGAAGCCGGUGAGCAGAGCAGUGUUGGUGGACACAGCCAGCAUAGCCGACAGGGGCCGUCGCUCACAGAAAAGGAUCUGCCGCCCUUGCCUGGCAUGGGCAGCUCGCAAGAUGGCCCAAAAGGAAAAGGAGUUUCUUAUAGCGGUCCCAACGGCACAUUGUCACCUGUAGCAAGCCGAUGA